AUGAAGUGCGAGUCAUAUAUAACACCGUCGUCCGGAAUCAGCAGAAGGACGAUAUGCGAGCCCUUGUCGCGAAUGGAUGGUACUAUGCAAGAAAACCUCGUCUUCCGUGUACAAAAAGAAGCGUCCAAAUUUGUAGCGCUAGUUGCAUGUUGUAUGAGACUUUACGCUAUUAUUCAAUCUCAUUUAUGUAUGUUUCCCUAUAUGAUGCAGUUACAAUAA